CCCGCAGCCAUGGCCGCCCGUCUCACGCCCGCCUUCGACGCCCUGCCGUACGCCGACGGCGCGCCCGAGCCCGCCACGGCGCAGGCCGUGCAGCGCCUCAUCGCUGCAGAGCAGGCGCGCAUGCCGCACCGGCCUGAUGACGAUGACGCGCGCCUGCCGCCGCCAAGCGCUGUGUUUGAGAUUUCGCCUGCUCUCGCCGAGCUCUACGCAUCCACGACCGGCCCCGACGCAGCGCCAACACGCGCGAUCGACCCAAGUCGCUAUGCCUUGCAGCCGCCGGCCGAGAGCUCGCCUGAGGCAUGGAGGGAGGCGCUGCAGCGCGCAGAUGCGGCGCUGGAGUACGCUGAGGCGCGGAGAGGGACGCUGGAGGUCGAGCGGAAGAUGGGCGCCAACCUCUGGCAGCUGCACAACUACCAGCUCUCCUCCUCUCUCACCGCCUACCAGACCUCGCUUUCCGAGUCACAAGCCGCCACUGCAGCGCUGAACUCGGCGCGUGCGCAACGCCAGCGUGCUGCAAAGGCGGAGAUGCAGCGGCUGGAGGGCAAGUGGGCGGAUGGCAUCGCGGCCGAGCUGCAGGUCGAGGUGGCGCGGUUGCAGGGCGAGCGAGAGUGCGAGGAGCUGGAGGCGCAGGUGAGGCAACUGCGGAAACAGCUCGGAGAAUGA